GUCGCGUGCUGAUUGCCGUGCUGAAUCGCUAAUAAUAUUACAGAUGUACACAUUGCCGAGUGCGACCAUAGUAGUAAUCCCGAUAAAUUACAAGUGUGUACACAAUAAGUUUGGACCAGCUCGUCAGUAGGCCUACAUUUCUUCAAACGCUGAGCUGCAGACGGAAUCAUGGGUAAAGGUCAGCAAGGUCAAGUGAUGUCCCCAGUUGGCAAGGACAUCACCUACACCUGGGAUGAAAUCAAGAAGCACAACGGUCGCUACGACAAGUGGCUGGUGAUUGAGAAUGGUGUGUAUGAUGUUACUCACUGGAUGAGUAAACACCCAGGUGGAUUCAAGGUGCUGUCUCACUAUGGAGGGGAAGAUGCUACCGAGGCCUUUGUUGCCUUUCAUCCUGACAAGAAGUUGGUGAGGAAGUACAUGAAGCCUCUUUGUAUUGGGACUGUGGAAGAUAAGUCACCCAAGAGUAAACUUGUUACAGACAUGGAGGCUCUCCGUGUGAAGGCUGAAGCAAUGGGCCUCUUCAAAGCCAAUAUGUGGUUCUAUGCUGCCCAUUUGGGCCACAUCCUAGCUGCAGAGGUGCUAGCAUGGGCGGUGCUAUGGUGCUUUGGAGUAGGCUGGUUGCCCUAUCUUCUGGCCACAGUCUUACUCACCGUUGAACAGGCCCAGUCCUCAUGGUUUCUUCAUGACUUGGGCCAUCUCUCAGUCUUUCGCAAAUCUCGUUGGAAUCACCUCUUGCAGUACUUUGUAACAGGUGCUCUUAAGGGUGCAUCUUGCCACUGGUGGAACUAUCGUCAUUACCAGCAUCACGCCAAGCCCAACAUCAUCAGGAAGGACCCCGAUAUCAAGAUGCCUUACCUCUUCGUCCUUGGAGACAAGCAGCCGGUCACCUGGGGCAGUAAGAAAAGGAAAUACGUCUUGCCGUUCAACUACCAACAGAUCUACUUCUUCUUUACCUUGCCGCCCCUUCUGAUGACCCUGUAUUUCCACUAUGAGUAUUUUGCUCACGUCAUCAGGAAAAAGCUCUGGAAGGACCUGGCGUGGAUGAGUGUCUUCUUCGUCAAACAUACUUUGCUCUUUGGUCUUCUUCUUGGUGGCUGGGGUGUCUUCUUAAACUACAUGCUCAUCAAGUUCCUGGAGAGCAACUGGUUUGUGUGGACGAGCCAGAUGAACCACAUCCCCAUGGAGAUAGAUCACGAUCAGCGUAAGGAAUGGUUGCCAGCUCAGCUACAUGCUACCUGCGAUGUGGAGUCAUCUUUCUUCAAUGACUGGUUCACUGGGCACCUUAAUUUCCAGAUUGAGCACCACCUUUUCCCCACAAUGCCAAGGCACAACUUGCACAAGAUUGCUCCUGAUGUGAAGGCAUUGUGUGAGAAACACAACAUUUGCUAUCAGACUAAGAGCCUGAGUCAGGCUUUUGCUGAUAUUGUACGUUCCUUGAAGCAUUCUGGACAGCUGUGGUAUGAUGCCUACCACCACACUUAACUGAUAUCCAGUACUCGGUGGAUAAUUACUUCUUUGAUCUGAAGUUACUUGGGUAGUGUGACGUGCUAAAUCACACGGGUCAGUUUUUAAUCUACUCUGAUUCCCUAGACGUUCUGCUGAGACAUUCAGGAUCCACAGCAGAAUCACAGCCCACACUCUAUGCAUGUGAUGAAAGUGGGAUAUUGAGGCCCAUUUAAGGAGUCCAUCAUGCAAAUUGUGCCAGGAAACAUGUUUUGUUCAACUUGCUAAUCCUUUUGUAUUUAAGAAAACAAUCUCACAUCUUCUUUUGAGAGUUUGUUUAAAAAUGCUCCUUUGAAAUAUUUCAAGUUGUCCAUGCAUUUUGGACAAGUUAAAGCACUGUUGUAAUGUCAUUACAGAAAAAAAAAUUUACUUCGGGAGUUUCCUGUCCAAAUAGUGAGCCCGCAAUUUAUUCACUGAAAAGAUUCAUGAGAAUAAGGUUAACUGGGAAACAAAGGUGCAGUUAUAAGAAAUGUAUUUGAAACGUAGUCCAAAAAUGCUAAAUACUUCAUACCUGGUGUUGGAUUUUGGUUACUUUGAAUUGUGGUUAAUGCUUGUCAGGAAUUUGCUGAAAUAGUCCAUUAACCCUAACCCUUUAGGAUAUGUGGAGAAUUAUGUUGAUAUUGAGGAGUGUUCAGGUUAAUGCCGCUACUGAAAUUGUAAAUGAUGAUAUAUAGAUACAGACAACAGAAGUUCUAAAUACUAGAUGCAUAAUACCAGUACUUGAAACCAGAAUCAACAAAUAAGAAGAUAUCUUUGUAAUCCAGCUUACUCCAACUGGCUUAUUUCAGAGCGCUUCAACAGACCUUGCUUGAAAAAUCAAACUCAAUGUAUCACUGGAGUUGCUAUAUGCAAAUUUCUCUCUCAAAAAUCAAUGUAAUGAGUACAAUCCAUUGAUCUGACCUGUAGCUAGAUACAA